AUGUCGCAGUGCGGCCGACCGGACGUCGUCCUCAUCGAGCCGCCGUGCCUGAUCGCUGGGACCGAUUGUGAGAUCAACGUCCACAUGUCCAGGGAGGUCAGCGUUGGUCUAUUGAUCGUCAGCCAGGACGGCCAUUUUGUGACGGACGUGUGCCCACCAGCAGGGAGGCAGAAAGCAAUAAGGAUCUCCCUCCCAGCUUUCCAGAGCUGCCGACUCCGUGUCGCAAUCCACCCGAAUGGGUAUGGGCACAACCAGGUCGCUCCUUGCAUGCUGUCGCUGCCAGAGCCUGUGGCGCAGGAGUUUCGCCGUCUUUUCAAGGGGAUAGAGAGGGCAAUUUGCUCAAAGAGGAAAAAGAGAGAAUCCCAACAAGCCGCAAAAAUCGGCAGUGUUCCAGCCCACACCAAACGGGCACAACGACUCCCGCAGGCGAAGGAGCUGGCGUGGUGCAGCCACUUCGCCCCCCUGUGCUCGCGUUUCGCCGACCUCCUCGAGGGCCUCUCGUCGGGCAGCGGCCACUUGCACCAGGCGUGCGCCGAGACGGCAAUGCUCUUCCUGAAAAAGCGCAUGUGGGCAUCCGCAUCCUUCUUGCUCACCGCCUGCCUGGAGUCGGGCGCCUCGGUGACUUUGGGCCCCUACGCGCUGCUGGGCGAGGAUGUGGAGGCGGCCAGAUUGAGGAAGGACUUCCCCGCAUUGCCGAAAGGGGCUGCGGGGCUGACGGUGGGAGAGAUGGCGGGAAAGAUGGGGCCCGAGAGGCUGUGGACCAUGGAGAUGUUCACGUGCUCUUCCACGGGGAGCGAGGGAAAGACAGCGAAGAGCGGGUGGCACGCGCGGGGCGGCCAGCAGGCAGACGCGGUGUUGCCCCAAAGCCUCUUUUCUCGCGGGAAACGUGGAAGGACGGGGGAGACUUGUUGCCGCGAAGGCCCGUACAUGGGGUCUGCUGCUGUUGCGGAGAAGCUGGACUGGCCAGCGUCUGCACGAUGA